CACAGGUGAAGAGGAUCCACAUAUUUGUCUGUGUGGUCGGAUAUUCUCAUGCACAUCUAAGAUUAACUUCACUACUAUGGGCUCUCGACUAUCUCUCUUAUUAGCAUUGGUAUUUAUAUUUCUAGCAUUAGCAUUGGCUGAAUCUAAAGAUAGCUCUUCAGUUCAAAAUUUCGAUACACARGGACGAACGUCUCGGUCAGCGSRAUGCCUUCGAGGAAUAGAUGGUGAAUGCCAGCCGUUAAUAAGAGAGACCGCUGAAGUAAAGAGGCAAWCCAACUGCAACCGAGCUAAGAAUCCUCACUGCCGUAUAAUAGGCGGCAGAAAAAGGGAUAAAAUACCCGAAUCUUCACCAAAUUCCAAACUGAAUGCCCUAGAUUGCUUUAGCCCAGAGAAAGGUACCAGCGUCCUUUGCAAGCUUAUCGCCUAUAGACAAGCUACGAUCAGCCAAACKUGCGAACCUGGUGAAUGUGGYAACCCGGUUUUGAAGAGGAAAGAUGGGAAAGACAAAGAAAAAGAAGAGCAAUGCGACUUAAGCAACCCGCUUUGUUACAACACAUUUCCUGGAAAGAGGAUUGGGAAAGAGGACGGCAAACUGRCUUUAACUGCAAGGACAUUGAAGACAAGUAACGGUGAAAAUGGUAGUGGAGGAAACGARACUCCGCUGGAGCUAAAAAGGCGUGAUAUGAAGCCAGACAAGCCAGACAAGCCAAAGAAGCGUGAUUGCAAUCCAAAAAGGGCCGACUAUUUUUGCCGCUAUAGAGUACCAGGGAAAAGGAGCAAGCGACAAAAUAACCAAAAUGAGCGCAUGCGUACAAAGCUAUGA